AUGGUAUGUAAUGCUGGACCAAUUAUGGGUAUUAAUCGUUAUCUUGGUCGUCUUCUUGGAUUAUUUUUUAAUGAUGCAACUCAUUGUAAAAAAUUACAUAAAGCUUAUAAUGUUAUACAUCACAUGGAAUUCUAUCAGAAAAGUGGUCAUCUACUACCAACCACUCUAUUUGUUUCAUUUAAUAUUAAUGAUUUAUGUAUGAAUUUUUCACAUCAACAAGUUAUGGAUGCAUUAGAACAUUUCCUCCACUCUUACAUCUCAUCAGAUCAUUCUAUUCAAGGUAUGACAAUUAGUACAAUUCUUCAACUUGUUCGUCUUGUACUCGACGAACAAUAUUUUAUUUACAAUUAUACAUUAUAUCGGCAAACUGCUGGUCGUGCUUCUGGUUCAUCAUUAACUAUUCCAUUAGUCUAUAUCUAUUUAUUUUAUUGGCAACAAGAUAUAUUAGAAGAUCUUAUUAAUAAGAAUGAACUCUUUUUCAGAUAUCGAGAUGAAGCAUUUAUUACACGGAACAGAUCUGAAGAUGAACUUGGUAUAUUACUUUCUAUGGCUAAUUCACAAUUUUCACAACCUAUAUGGAACAUAACUGAUAUUGGAUCAACCAUUUAUUUUCGUGAUAUUCUCAUAACUAACAAUAAUGGACUUCUUCGAACAAGUGUUUAUCAUGAAGAAACAUUCGAACGGAUUAUGUUACUAUCAUCAUUUCGGGAUAUUCUUCAACCUGCAAUCAAACAAGACACAUGA